UCAUCAGGCCCGUCUUCCAAAGAGAAAUACAAUGCCCAAUGAAAAAUAACAUCCUCAGUUAGCCAAAAGAGGCCAUUUCAAAACCCUCCCGUACUCUGCCUUGGCCCGGGUUUCUUUUGUUGCAGUAACUGUCUAGACGAGAGAGUGAGGUUUUAGAGUGGGAGACGACGGAAAAUGAUCGGAAAAUGGUGAAAGGGGAGAUAAGCGGCGGUCUUUCCGGAGUUUUCUAGCGGGAGAGAAUCUAAACCCUAAUUUGUUGGAUGAGGUCAUAUUUGGAUGAUUCAACAAGUUCGACAACAGUUCUGCGGUUGCUGUUAAAAUGAGAUCAAGAAAUAAUGGGGUCCCUAGAGGUCAGACGGCAAAAAAUUUUCAGGUUGAGGGACCAAAUUGGAUUCUGAUUGCAGGUGGUGCCUUGUUAAGUACGUUGUCAAUUCGUCUUGGUUUCAAGCUGAAGCAGACUCUUGAUUCAAAGCAACAGGCAAAUGCCAGUAAUAGUCUGAAAGAGAAUGGGAACUCGUCUGACAGAAGGAGGACAGGAGGCUGCCACAUGCAUUCGAACGUGUAUUCCUUUACACAAGAUGAUGAUGGUUGCUUCAACUGCAUGUCAGACAUUGCAGAUUUGAAGCACCAGCCUAGUGACCAAAUGCUGUCCGAAUCUGGUGUUGCUCUUCCUUUGGUGACAGUUCCUGGUCCAGAAUUUACCAAGGAGAAUGGCAUUAUGUGGGUAUCCUCUCCUGAUCGUCUUGAGUUGCCUCCAAAGCCAUUAUACCAUUCAAAUUGCUCUGACUCACCAUGCGUCUCAGAUUCUGGUUCUGAUAUCUUCAGCAAGCGAGAAGUGAUACAGAAGUUGAGGCAGCAAUUGAAGAGAAGAGAUGACAUGAUAAUGGAGAUGCAGGAUCAGAUUGUGGAGUUGCAGAAUUCGCUCAAUGCUCAGCUGGCACAUUCUACAAAUUUGCAGUCACAGCUUGAUACAGCUAACAGAGAUUUGUUUGAUUCUGAGAGGGAAAUUCAGAGGCUGAGGAAGGCAAUUGCUGAUCACUGUGUGAAACAUGCAGCCAUCAAUGAAAAACCAACAGUCACUAUAUGGCCAUCUGAGGUGAGAAAUGGUCAUGCAAAUGGGUAUCUGGAUGUGGACAGCAGUUUGCAGUUGUCAGAAAAGGGAAGGGGAGAUGGGGAAAAGGUUGAGAUGCUGAAGAGGGAAGUAGGAGAGUUGAAGGAAGUAAUAGAAGGGAAGGAGUACCUGUUGCAGAGCUACAAGGAGCAGAAGGCAGAGCUCUCCAUGAAGAUUAAAGAGUUACAACAGAGACUGGAUUCUCAUCUCCCCAAUAUUUUGUAGGGAUUGUUAGGUUAUGUGCAUUCUUGCUUUUUUUUUUUUUCUUGUUCUUUGAUUUCACGUUCCAAAUAUAGGAGAAGCUUCUUUUUCUCCAUUCUUUCCUUAUAUAUCUUUGGUUUAGCUUGGAACGUUUGAUGUUUUCUAUGCUUGCUCAAGUGCGCAUGUUGGGGAUUAGAGGGGGGCAAGCAAAAACAAAAGCAAAGUUGUGUAAGGUACUAACUAAAUCUGGCUUGGCAAGUAUUUUCGCCCUUGUAGAAAUCGGAAAAGGUUUUCACUAA